CACACUCCUCUAAAUUGUCAGCAUCAUUUUAGACUUUCACAGAAAGUUUUUAGCACUAGGACAAAGAAUUCUUGAAUAUCUUUUCUAGGUUCCACAAUAGUUAACAUUUACUGAUUUGCCUUAUUUAGAUCUCUCUCUCUCUCUCUUUCUCUCUCUCUCCCCCCUCCCUCUCCCUCCCCCUCUGCCUAUAUUUAUUUCUGAACAUGUUUAGGAAUAAGUUGCAGACAUCACACACCCUUAUGUAAGUCUAAAUAUUUUAGUGUCUAUUUCCUAAGCUAAAGGACUCUCUUACAUAAUAGAUUUUUCUAUACAUUUACUAUUUGUUUCUAUUGAAAUUAAAGAAUACAUUACUUUGUUUAAAUUUACUUACAAUUACUUGCUUUAGGAGGAAGUGGUUUAGCAAUGAAGGCUGUAUAUAAUCUCUUGCCAGAAGAUAUCCUACAAUGUGAUUCUUGCUCAGACUCUGACUUUAAAUAAGAAUUUCUGGUGGGCACAUUUGCACAGAUUGCUCUAUUUAGUGAAUUAACUGUUCCUGUGCUCUUAUGUGUUAGGCUUUUGACAGUGGGAAACCCUGUAUUCAUGGGUAAAGAGGCAGGGCAGGGAAAAUCUUUAAAUACAAAAUUAUCUUUAUUCUGUAGUCAAUAGAGAGCCAAUGAUAGAUUCACAGUAGGGAGUAAACCAAUCAGAGCUGUGUUUCCUGGAGAUUAAUUUGACAGUUUCUGUGGGAUGGAAUGAAGGAAGAAGGAAUCAAAGCAUGAGUUCUCAAGUCUCAUGGGCAAAUGAUCCCUAGUGUUAAGGGGAAAUCUCUGCCCAGGUACAAUGGUGCCUUCUCCAGCAUAAUGCAUCCUUUUCUCUCACGUGUCUUUCAGAACUGGUUGAAGUCGUAUGGCUAUCUGCUUCCCUACGAUUCACGGGCAUCUGCAUUGCACUCAGGGAAGGCCUUACAGUCAGCAGUCUCCACUAUGCAGCAAUUUUACGGAAUCCCAGUCACCGGUGUGUUGGAUCAGACAACAAUCGAAUGGAUGAAGAAACCUCGAUGUGGUGUCCCAGACCACCCCCACUUGAGUCGAAGGCGGAGAAACAAGCGCUAUGCCCUGACUGGACAGAAGUGGAGGCAAAAACAUAUCACCUACAGCAUUCACAACUAUACCCCAAAGGUGGGUGAGCUAGACACACGGAAAGCUAUUCGCCAGGCUUUUGAUGUGUGGCAGAAAGUGACCCCGUUGACCUUUGAAGAGGUGCCAUACCAUGAGAUCAAAAGUGAUCGGAAGGAAGCAGACAUCAUGAUCUUCUUUGCUUCUGGUUUCCAUGGUGACAGCUCCCCAUUUGAUGGGGAAGGAGGAUUCCUGGCCCAUGCCUACUUCCCUGGCCCAGGGAUUGGCGGAGACACUCACUUUGACUCAGAUGAGCCAUGGACCCUAGGAAAUGCCAACCAUGAUGGAAAUGACCUCUUCCUGGUGGCUGUGCAUGAGCUGGGCCAUGCGCUGGGACUGGAGCACUCCAACGAUCCCAGUGCCAUUAUGGCACCCUUCUACCAGUACAUGGAGACGCACAACUUCAAGCUACCCCAGGAUGAUCUCCAGGGCAUCCAGAAGAUCUACGGACCGCCAGCAGAGCCACUGGAGCCCACAAGGCCCCUCCCUACGCUUCCAGUCCGCAGGAUCCACUCACCAUCUGAGAGGAAACAUGAGCGCCAGCCCAGGCCCCCUCGGCCACCCCUUGGGGACCGACCAUCCACUCCAGGCACCAAGCCCAACAUCUGUGAUGGCAACUUCAACACAGUGGCCCUCUUCAGGGGCGAGAUGUUUGUGUUUAAGGAUCGCUGGUUCUGGCGCCUGCGCAACAACCGGGUACAGGAGGGCUACCCCAUGCAGAUUGAGCAGUUCUGGAAAGGCCUGCCAGCCCGCAUAGAUGCAGCCUAUGAAAGGGCUGAUGGGAGAUUUGUCUUCUUCAAAGGUGACAAGUACUGGGUAUUUAAGGAGGUCACAGUGGAACCUGGGUACCCCCACAGCCUGGGGGAGCUGGGCAGCUGCUUACCCCGUGAAGGCAUCGACACGGCUCUGCGCUGGGAACCUGUGGGCAAGACCUACUUUUUCAAAGGCGAGCGGUACUGGCGCUACAGCGAGGAGCGGCGAGCCACAGACCCUGGCUACCCCAAACCCAUCACCGUGUGGAAGGGCAUCCCACAGGCCCCCCAAGGGGCCUUCAUCAGCAAGGAAGGAUAUUACACCUACUUCUACAAGGGUCGGGACUACUGGAAGUUUGACAACCAGAAACUGAGCGUAGAGCCAGGCUACCCCCGUAACAUCCUGCGUGACUGGAUGGGCUGCAAUCAGAAGGAGGUGGAGCGGCGCAAGGAGCGGCGGCUCCCCCAGGAAGAUGUGGACAUCAUGGUGACCAUCAAUGAUGUACCAGGCUCUGUAAAUGCCGUGGCAGUGGUCAUCCCCUGCAUCCUGUCUCUCUGCAUCCUGGUGCUGGUCUACACUAUCUUCCAGUUCAAGAACAAGGCAGGCCCUCAGCCUGUCACUUACUAUAAGCGGCCAGUCCAGGAGUGGGUAUGAGUAGCCCAGGGCCCUCUUUGUCCACUUGGUCCGGCCGACCAGGCCCUUUCUCACCAGGGUCUGAGGGGCAGCUCUGGCCACUGCCCACCGGGGCCAGCAGGCCCCUGGCCAGGUCAUACAGCUGAAGUGGUGGGUGCAUU